AUGGCCCCUCACGCAACUUCACCUGCACCGCAGGAGCACAGCCGGUUUUAUCAGCCUAUCAAGGUCAUUGCUUCUUCAAGAGCAGUAGUCGAUGGCCGACUCACCGAGGCAACAAUUGUAAUCUCAAGCAACACUGGCAAAAUCACAUCUAUCUUCCACUCCAUCCUACCACAGUCAGACUUUCCGGAAGGCACACCAUACACCGACUACUCACCCCACAUACUCCUCCCUGGACUGGUAGACGCUCACGUACAUCUGAAUGAGCCCGGACGAACAGAAUGGGAGGGCUUCUGGACCGGAACGCGCGCCGCCGCUUUCGGAGGUGUCACUACAGUUGUCGACAUGCCGUUGAACGCUAUCCCGCCAACCACCACUGUCGAAAAUCUCAACAUCAAGGUCGAUGCCUCGAAAGGCAAGUGCUGGGUCGAUGUUGGUUUCUACGGCGGAAUCAUCCCAGGUAACGACAAAGACCUGAAGGGUUUGGUAGACGCGGGUGUACGAGGCUUCAAGGGUUUCCUGUGUGAGAGUGGUGUCGAGGAAUUCCCCGCCGUCUCCUCUCUUGACAUUGAGAAGGCUUUGCUGGAACUGAAGGACUCAGCCACAACACUGAUGUUCCACGCCGAGAUGAUCCCUCCAGUCGCAGAUUCUGUCGGUGACGACGUCCAGCGCGCCAACCCUCCUCUCGCCCCCAAGGGCCCCCUCACAGCUUACUCUACCUUCCUCGCCUCGCGUCCGCCUGCCUUUGAAACAUACGCUGUAGCCGAGAUCCUUUCGCUGGCCCACCUUGCACCCGAGCUGCAACUCCACAUCGUACAUCUGUCGGCGGUGGAGGCCAUUCCGAUGCUUCGCGAAGCGCGCGCAAAGGGCGUAAAGAUUACAGCGGAGACGUGUUUCCACUACCUCGCUCUCGCCGCAGAGCGCAUCGAAGAGGGCGACACGCGCCACAAGUGCUGCCCUCCGAUCCGGUCACAAGCAAACCAAGACGGGCUGUGGGAAGAACUGCUCCAAGACCAGGCCGACGGCGUCCUCCAAACCGUCGUCUCGGACCACUCCCCUUGCACGCCGGAAAUCAAGCUCCUGCCGCCUCAUCUUGCGCCCAGGAAGCACUCGACCAAGACGCUCAACCACGACCAGGACUGCGAGUCUGUAUCCGACGAGGGACCGGAGACGCCGAUGGAAGGACCCGAGGAGAAGGGCGAUUUCUUCGGUGCCUGGGGCGGCAUCUCCUCCGUCGGACUCGGACUACCGAUUCUGUGGACCGAGGGGCUGAAACGCGACGACAAGUUCAGCGUCGAGGAGAUUGUGCGGUGGUGCUGCAAGAACACAGCCAAGCAGGUGGGGCUGGAGCACUUCAAGGGCGAUUUGGGCGUCGGAUUCGACGCAGACAUUGUCGUCUUCGACGAGACGGCCGAGUUCUUGGUGGAGCCCAGCACCAUGCUCUUCCGCAACAAAGUGUCGCCCUACGAGAACAAGACGCUCAAAGGCGUCGUCAAGGAGACGUUCCUGCGCGGCCAGAAGAUCUUCUCCCGCGAGGACGGCUUCCAGAAGAGCGGUCCCAGCGGGAAGACACUGCUCGAGCCGCGGACGGCGAGGGUGUGA